CCUACACGAAAAUAAAUUUUUUUUGACAAAUCGUGCAUGUUUUCGCUACUUAAACCUAAUAUUCGCCGUGUUCGUAGUCCCAUAGUGGGACGCUCGUCCGCCCCGUCCCACGUAACGCAUCGCUUCCAGCGCAUAGCGUUCCCACUUGUCUGUUUGUUAUGAAUAUAUCGAAGGUGACAACAUCGCUUGGUGCCGCCGAAAAGGCGAAACCCGAACGUGUGGCCUCUGCGGCGGUGGCCGCCUUCAGUGCGGUGAGCAUCCAAAAGCGCGGCGGUGGCGCCGAUGAUCCUGCGGAGGAUUCGACACGCAAGAAGGCUAAGACAGAGCUGCUGCUCGGAACGCCCAGUGCAGCGCCCAGUUUGCCCGCCAAAGCGGUGGCCCCGCCACCGUCGCAGCAGAUUCUCUACCAGCGCGCUGGCCAGCAGGUAAAGGCCCAGCAGGUCCAGGUCCAGUCCCAGCCCAAAAUUGCGCUCGACACGCAGGACGCGCAGGCGACAGGCGGCCAGGAGGAUGGCGCCUGGGACGCACGCGAACAGCAGCAGCAGAUAAUAGUGUGCAAUUUCGGCUCUGGUGCCGAGAUGAGUGCAAUUAAGACGACGGAGGAUGCCACCGACAAGCAGAACUUCGCCAGCUUUACCAAAAAGGAGGCCGCCUCAUCCUCGUCCUCUUCCUCCUCAUCCACCGCCUCCAUCAUCUCAAUUGAGCCCAGUGGCUCUGGCCAGGAUCAUACAGAGAAUCCAGGCAAGGCGGAAGAUCUCGACUACGUGCUAAUGCCAGCCGGCGGCGGAGAUAAUGCGGUGGCCACGGCCUCAGCCCCGGGCACAACAGUAACAGCUGUUAGUAAUGCUCCAACUGGAGCUGGAACCACAUCCACCAUCAUACUGAAUGCCAAUAACAAUGGCGCCACAGGUGGCGGGACUGGAGGCGCCACUACCGCCACCACCACCAUUCUCACGCAGAAGCCCGGCCAGAGCAACUACAACAUAUUCAACACAACAGUCACGGGCAGCCAGACGGGGCAGCCCACGACGACGCUACUAAAUCGCGUGAACCUGCACAAUAAGAUGAAGACCACCCAACUGGUGGUCAAUGCCAAGAAGCUGUCGGAGGUGACGCAGACCACGGCCAAGGUGUCCAUUGGUAACAAGACCAUAUCAGUGCCACUGCUCAAGCCGCUGAUGAGCGGCGGGGCGGCCACAGCCGGCGGAGCGACAAUUGUCGAGAGCAAGCAGCUUCUGCAGCCAGGCGGCCAAGUGACCACCGUUGUAAGUGCCGCUCCGACACUGGGAGGCGGCGGCGGCGGGCAGCAGGGCCAUCCGCACGUCCACCCGCAUGCGCAUCCACAUCAGCACCACAACUUCACCAAGCUGAUCAAGCGGGUGCCCAAGAACACUGGCGGCACCAUCGUUUCGUUCUCCGGCCUGCAAAUCAAACCCGCCACCACCAAAAUUGUGGCCGCCAAGGUGGUCAACAAGAAGAUGGCCCUACCGCUGCAGAUGCAACACCAGCACCAACAGCAGCAGCAGACGCACCAGCUGCAGGUGACCAGCGGCGGGGGCCUGGCUCCAGCCACCGGCAGUAUAGUAACCAUCACAACCACCAAUCCCAGCCAGACGUUUGCGAUGGUCCAGGAGGCGUCGGCCACGGCAUCGGUGUCGUCCGUGGCGGGAGCAUCUUCGUCCGAGGACGAUGCUGCGACUCCGCGCAAGAUAACAGCGUACAGUGAGAACAUCCAGAAGAUCCUCAACAAAAGCAAGUCCCAGGAGGCCCAAGAAGAGUUCGCCAACAUCAAUAGCGUGGUGAUUAAGCCGCUGGACAAGAACACACUCAACUGUCCGCCCGGCUUUAACAUCUUCAAGCAGCAGCAGCAGCAUCAGGUUCAGGGGGCUCAAGGACAAGCAAAUGCCGCUGGAGGAGGCGGGACACCCGUGACGGUGACCAUGACUAGUGCCUCAGAUCUGGGAGCCACCUCUUCCACCGUCUCCGUGUCGGCGGGCACCAUUUGCAUCAACAGUCCGGUGAUGGGCUCACGACCCAUUCUCUCCAUUCAGAACAAGAACAUAUCCCUGGUGCUGUCCAAGACUACGAUGGCCCAGCAGAAGCCCAAGAUGAUCACCACCACCACCACUAUGACCAGCCAGUCGGCGCUGCAGAUGCACCAUGCCCUCGUUCAGGAUGCCAGUGCCGCGGACAAGACCGGGCAAGGAGGAGGAUCAUCGACCAGCGCGGGAGCUGUUUCCGUUGCUGCUGCUGGUACUCCUUCUGCGGGUGGUGCUCCUGCUCCCAUGCAGCUGAAGCUAACAACGCUGGCCAACAAUGCCGCAGCCACCAAGCUUAGCGUUGGCCUGGCCACCGAGGGCGGAGCCAAGCUGGAAGAGAUUGUCGGCGGCGAGCCAAAGGUUAAGCUGGUCAAGCAAGAGGUAGCGGUGAAGGAGCCAGCAAGUGCAAGUGCCACGCCCAGUGACCAGGAGCGUACCGAGGAGAUGGGCACGCCAGAGAAGCAACGCCUAAAUGCCAACAGCACAAUGACUACCAUCAACCAGGCGCAAAAUCAGACUCAGAAUCAAGCUCAGGUAGCUGUAGCUUCCGCACCCACUCCUGCGCCUCAUCCAGUUAAUCCUCCAGUGGUCGUCAGUGCUAGUGCAACGCCAACAACUGUAAACAGCAACCAGCGCACGGGAUCGGAGGAUUCAAAUAAUGCCCUGCUCAAGCAGCUGCUGCAGAACAGCAGCAGCAGCCACAGCCUCAACCAGAUAAGCAUCACGUCUGCUCACGUCGCCGGUGCCUCCGCCUCGUCGGCUACCCUCUCCGCCCGCAAGGUGAUCAAUGUACGUGCGCCCAGCAUGGGAAAGGUCAGCAGUCUGGAGGAUCAACUGGCACGUCCGGUCAUACCGCCGGUGCCCACGGCCACUCCACCAAGUAACACUAAUACCGGUGGAUCUGUGGCCACGCCCACAACUACCACCACUGGACAACAGCAGGUGCCCACCGCUUCCCCGGUGGUUGGUACUGCAGUAUCCACGGUUGUGAUUGCGAAUGCAAGCGGAAACUCAGGAAGCGGGACAUCCAGCGGGAGCGAACCGAAGCUGGAGCAGAAGAACGAGCAGCCGCAACCGGUGGUGGUGGCCACCAUUCAGAAUCAGAACCAGGUGCCAGCGCAACACCCACAUCCUCAGGCACAGUCACAUCUACAGGCACCAGCACCUCCCCAGCAACAGCAGCAGCAAUUGCAGGUGCAGCUGCAGCCACCGCCGCCACCACCACCGCAUCAGGUCAAGCAGACCGUCCAGAUUGUGUCCAAGGAGACGUCCUUCAUCUCUGGACCUGUGACGGCCAACAAGCUGGUGAUUCCGGAUAAUACAAGCAAGCCCGCAGAACAGCUCCUGGCCCCACCAUCCUACGAACUGGCCACUGCGCCUGUAUCCAAUGUCACCAUCUCGAUAUCCACCAAGCAGCCGGCGACCAAGGAGCUGCAGCAGAUGAAGCCCAAAGCGGUGCCGAUGGACCAGGGCGAGGAGUCGCUGUCAGCGGAGCAAGGAGAGCAGCUGCCGCAUCCGGAACAGAGUGGCGGAGCAAUCAUGGCGGCGGCGGGAGGAGCGCUUGUGACGGCAGCGUGGACAAACAGCAAUCAUUUGGACACAACGAAUGCCCUGGGAGCAGCCACCAAGAUGUCCUUUAAGCCCGGCGAGGCCCAGAAACGCAAGCUGCCCAUGCAUCCGCAGCUCGACGAGAAGCAGCUUCAGAUUCAGCAGCAUCAGCAACAGCAGCAACAACAACAACAACAACAGCAGCAGCAGCAGCAGCAACAAGUGGAGCUCAACUCAUCUAUGCAAGUAAAUCAACCCACGGCAGGAGCAGAAAAGGUACAACUGGUUAGCUACGUGAAGAAGUCCGCUGGAGGAGCCGAGCAGAUGCAGCUACAGCCCAUGCAGAGCCAGGGUCAGGUGCAGAUGCAGGCCCAAAUGCAGGCGGCCAUGCAGGGACAACUGACGGGGCAGAUGCCAGGACAAAUCCCAGCACACAUUACCGGACAGAUACCCGCCCAAAUGCAGCUCCAAGUGCAGCAGCACCAGCUACAGGUCGCCGUGCAUCCUCAGCAGCAUCCCCAGCAUCAGCAGCAGCAUUCUCAGCAACAGCAGCAGCUCCAGCACCAGCACCAACAUCAGAACCAGCUCCAGCACCAGCAGGCCGGCACGGUUUCGGUGCCAAUUCCGAUGCCCGGAACUGGUGCCGUGCCCACCAUGGAGCCCAAGGCUGGGGAUCAACGAAAGCGGCGCAAACGGGAAGUUCAGAAGCCGCGACGCACGAAUCUAAACGCCGGCCAGGCAGCCGGAGCUCUCAAGGACCUAACCGGCACCCUGCCGGCUGGUGCCAUGGUUCAGCUAGCCGGUAUGCCACCGGGAACGCAGUACAUCCAGGGCGGCGCUGCCGGCACGGGUCACGUAAUCAGCGGCGGCGUCACGAUUGGCGGCGGCGGUGGUGGUGGAUCAGGAGCGGGAGCCGGCGCUUCACCGAUGCUGAAGAAGCGAGUGCGCAAGUUCUCCAAAGUCGAGGAGGACCACGAUGCAUUUACUGAGAAGCUGCUCACGCACAUCCGCCAGAUGCAACCGCUGCAGGUCCUGGAGCCGCAUCUCAACCGCAACUUUCACUUUCUUGUCGGCAGCAACGAGGCGGCCGCCAGUGGCGGAGGCUCACCCUCCACCAAUUCCGGUGGAGCCAACUCUGGGUCAGCAUCUGCCGCUAGCGGUACAGCGUCCUCAUCAUCAUCUUCGUCGGCUGGCGGUGCUGGAAAAUUAAAGAGCGCAUCCCUCAACAACCGCGGCUGGGCGCUCGGACGACACUUGGAGGGCCUGGAGGACUGCGAUGGAGCCAUCCUUGGACGCUAUGGCCGCGUGUGCCUGCCGGGGAUACCUUCGCUUUACGACAGUGACCGCUUCGGUGGAAGCGGCGGCCUGGUGGGUGGAUCGGCAGCCACCAGAUCGCCCUCGCCAUCGCUAUGUACGGACGUGGAGAAGACGCUACCGCUGUCCAGCAUACAGAAUGACUUCUACGACCAGGAAUUCUCCACGCACAUCGAACGGAAUCCUCGCGAGCGCCUGCAGCGUCACAUUGGCGCCGUCAGGGACUGCAAUAUGGAGACCAUUGAGCUGGUGGAGGGCGAAACUGUGGCAGCGUGGGCGGCCCUGCCCCGGCUCUCCCGCUACCCGGGUCUGAUAAUCCUUAAUGGGAACAGCCGAUGCCACGGCCGCAUGUCGCCGGUGGCCCUGCCAGAAGAUCCAAUAACCAUGCGCGUGCCCGUGUCGCCACUGCUCCGCUCCUGUGGCGAGGAGCUGCGCAAGGCCCAGCAACUGGAGCUGGGCAUGUGCAUGGGAUCCUUGGGCAAUAACAACAACAACAACUACCAGCAGAAGAACCAGAACGUGAUACUCGCACUGCCCGCCUCCUCCACGGAGAACAUAGCCGGUGUACUGCGGGAUCUGGCCAAUCUGCUCCACCUGACGCCCGCCCUUACCUGCAAGAUUAUCGAGGACAAGACGGGCAGUGGCAGCGCCGACAAACUGGGCGAGGAUACGGCUAUGGAGCAGUCGCAGGAGUUGGACGAGAAGCACAAGGACGACUUCAAGCGGCCACUGAACAUCAGCCAUGGCCACCUGCGCAAGAUUCUCAACGGGCGCCGCAAGCUUUGCCGCAGUUGCGGCAAUGUGGUUCAUGCCUCCGGUCUGCGAGUGCCACGACACAGUGUUCCGCCGCUGGAGGAGCAGCUGCCGCGCCUCGCCCAACUGAUGGCAAUGCUACCGCGCAAGUCACCGCCACCGCCUUUCGCCUACUUCUGCGACCGCUCUUGCUUCGCCAAGUUCAAGUGGAGCGGUGGCAAAGAGGGCCAGGCGGCGGAGGCGGCCAGCCUGCUGCUUCAGCCGGCAGGCGGUGGCACCAACUCGUCCAGCAAUGCCCCCUCCUCGAUGGAUUCGCCCAGCACCAACAGCAGCAGCGGUGGCAACGGGUUAGCGGCUGUCGCCGAGACGGUUGUCAAACAGGAGCCAGAGGAUGAGUCGGACGUAAAGCAGGGAAUGUCCGGCAACCCGCCACAGCGCAAGUGCAUCGUCAAGUGCUUUAGUGCGGACUGCUUUGCUCCCGAAACCACGGCCAUCAAGCUGGAGUUUGACGGAGCAGCGGGAACUGGCACGGGAGCAGUUAACAACACAGUGUGGGAAACGGAGGCUAGUGGACAGCAGCAGCAACAGCAGAUGGAAGACACCAGGCAGUGUGUGUUCUGCAAUCAGCGGGGUGAUGGCAAGGCGGACGGACCCUCGCGACUGCUUAACUUCGAUGUGGACAAAUGGGUUCAUCUCAAUUGCGCUCUGUGGAGCAACGGCGUCUACGAGACGGUAUCCGGGGCUUUGAUGAACUUCCAGACAGCGCUGCAGUCAGGCUUGAACCAGGCCUGCAGUGCCUGCCACCAGCUGGGCGCCACCAUCAAGUGCUUCAAGUCGCGCUGCAAUAGCCUGUAUCACCUGCCCUGUGCCAUACGCGAGGAGUGUGUCUUCUACAAGAACAAGUCCGUCCACUGCAGUGCCCAUGGUCAUGCGCACUCAGGACUGGCUGGCGGAGCGGGCUCUGGAGCAGGGUCCGGUUCCACGGCUGCCAGCGUGGCUGCUACGGCGGCCGGAACCGAGAAUGAACUCAGCUCCCUGGUUGUGCACCGGCGGGUGUUUGUCGAUCGCGACGAGAACCGACAGGUGGCCACCGUCAUGCACUACUCGGAGCUAAGCAAUCUGCUACGUGUGGGCAAUAUGACCUUCCUCAACGUGGGCCAGCUUCUGCCUCAUCAGCUGGAAGCCUUUCAUACCCCCCAUUACAUCUAUCCCAUUGGCUACAAGGUGAGUCGGUACUACUGGUGUGUGCGGCGACCGAAUCGGCGGUGUCGCUAUAUUUGUAGCAUUGCCGAGGCCGGCUGCAAGCCCGAGUUCCGCAUCGUGGUGCAGGACGCCGGCGACAAGGAGCCGGAGCGCGAGUUCCGCGACAGUUCACCGUCAGCGGUGUGGCAGCAAAUUCUCCAGCCAAUCACGCGGCUACGCAAGGUGCACAAGUGGCUGCAGCUCUUUCCGCAGCACAUUAGUGGUGAGGAUCUCUUCGGCCUGACGGAGCCGACUAUAGUCCGGAUACUGGAGAGCCUGCCGGGGAUCGAGACACUCACCGACUACCGCUUCAAAUACGGACGCAAUCCGCUACUGGAGUUCCCUCUGGCUAUCAAUCCAUCGGGAGCGGCAAGAACGGAGCCCAAACAGCGGCAGCUACUCGUCUGGCGGAAGCCGCACACGCAGCGUACGGCCGGUAGCUGCAGCACCCAGCGGAUGGCCAAUUCGGCGGCCAUUGCCGGCGAGGUGGCCUGUCCCUACAGCAAGCAGUUUGUCCAUUCGAAGAGCUCGCAGUACAAGAAGAUGAAGCAGGAGUGGCGCAACAACGUGUACCUGGCCAGAUCCAAGAUCCAGGGUUUGGGUUUGUAUGCCGCCCGGGACAUUGAGAAGCACACAAUGAUCAUCGAGUACAUAGGCGAGGUCAUUCGCACUGAGGUUUCCGAGAUACGCGAGAAGCAAUAUGAGUCAAAGAACCGUGGCAUCUACAUGUUCCGGCUGGACGAGGAUCGGGUGGUGGAUGCCACCUUGAGCGGCGGCUUGGCGCGCUACAUCAACCAUUCGUGCAAUCCCAACUGCGUGACGGAGAUCGUAGAGGUGGAUCGGGAUGUGCGCAUCAUUAUAUUCGCCAAGCGGAAGAUCUAUCGCGGCGAGGAGCUCUCGUACGAUUACAAGUUCGACAUCGAGGACGAAUCGCACAAGAUCCCGUGCGCCUGUGGGGCACCCAACUGUUGCAAGUGGAUGAACUAAGUAGAACUAAGGAGGAGCUAUUCAAACUGGAGGAGGAGCAUCGAAGCUCCGCGCCCAGUGAACACAGGAAUUGUUAUAAUCUGAUCGAUUAGGUAGAAUCACGCUAAGCAGUAUAAAGUAGAGACCGUGUACAUAUAUAUAUAUAUAUAUUCAGAUCCAGGUGCUCAUGCAUAUAU